AUGCGCGCGCUGCGGAUCUCGGAGCUCGCGCCUACAUCACUUUCGCGCUGCAGACCCAACAUUAGAGUUGAUUUUGGGCAAUACCCGAAUCCAGCCAGCAAAUCAACAUUACGCAUAUACCAAAGCUCAUUCUAUCAUAUCGGCACUGCAAACCGUUCAAAAUCCUCCUUGCGCGACCUAACCAUAUUGCCGUUGCGCUUGUAUCCUGCGACAAUGGCGGAGGACAAGAGCAGAAAACAGGCUACACUGGGGUAUGUGCGCGAUUCCCAGGCGACCAUCGGGAGGUUUUUCGGCUCGAAUGCAAAUGCCAACCAGGCACCGAAGAAGCAGACAACUUUGGCAUUUGGCGGGAAAAGGCAGAGGGAAAGUAGCGAUGCAGCCGACGAGACACCGGACGCAACCGACGCCACGAAAGAUGAAUCUGAGCCCAACGUCGAAGAUGCUGCAGAGAAAGCAGAUGGCGCUCUUUCCAAUGGGGCAAAAACAAUCAAAACCCUGAAGCGCGAGAAGAAAGACGAUGAUGCGGAUAGCGACGGGUCCGACAUUCAGCCUGUCUCAAAGCGGAGACGUAAGGCGUCAAGCGAUGCCUCGCCAGUCAAGAAAAAGCCCUCAUCGCCCAAAAAGCAAAAGACUACUGAAAUAAAGACCGAAGCACCAUCCCCGAAGCCUAUCGUGAAGAAGGCGUCUGGCGAAGAGACUCCUAAGGAGGAGGAAAAUAAAUCAGACCUGGACGAGGAGGGUGUGCAAUCUGCCAGUGAGGAAGAAGAGGAGGAGAAACCAGAGAUUAAAAAGAAGAGGAUUGAAAAGGUGCAGGCUACGCUAAAAGGAUGCGGCAAGGAUCCAUAUCCCGACUGGAAAGCGGGCGAGCCGGUUCCCUACGCAGCACUAUGCACCACUUUUUCCUUGAUCGAAAUGACGAGAAAGCGAUUGGAGAUCUCGGCCCAUUGCUCUCUUUUCCUCCGCCAGGUUCUGCGCUUGACCCCGAAGGACUUUCUACCAACCGUUCAACUCAUGAUCAACAAACUGGCUGCCGAUUAUGCCGGCAUCGAAUUGGGAAUUGGGGAGUCAUUGAUCAUGAAAGCCAUCGGCGAGAGUACUGGCCGUAGCUUGGCUGUGAUCAAGGCUGAUCAACAAGAGAUUGGCGACCUCGGGUUGGUGGCCGCUAAGAGUCGAUCCAACCAGCCGACUAUGUUCAGACCCAAGCCUUUGACUGUCAGGGGAGUACACGAAGGUCUGCUUGGCAUUGCCAAGGUUCAAGGUCAUGGAGCCCAGGACAAGAAGAUCUCCGGGAUCAAGAAGCUGCUAUCUGCAGCUGAUGCCGCUACGGCUGGCAAAGGAAGCAAAGGAGUGGACAUCACCAAGGACAAAGGGGGCCCUAGUGAGGCCAAAUUCAUUGUACGUUUCUUGGAAGGCAAACUCCGGCUGGGACUCGCAGAAAAGACAGUGCUUGUGGCCAUUGCCCAGGCUGUAGUGGCCCACGAAGCUGCUGUUAAGGGCGAAACCCCGUCGGUGAAUAAAGAAACAGAAGGUGAAGCGAUCCUAAAGACGGUUUAUAGCGAGCUUCCUGCCUGGGAAGCCAUCAUCCCCGCCAUGCUCGACCACGGUUUAUUCAACCUGCAUGAGGUAUGCAAGCUCCAGCCCGGAAUCCCGCUGAAGCCCAUGCUUGCCAAGCCGACCAAGUCUAUCACCGAGGUGCUCGACCGCUUUGAAGGAAAGGAGUUCACGUGCGAGUACAAGUAUGAUGGUGAAAGGGCCCAGAUCCACUAUGUUGCCCCGGAGUUCAUCCACAAAUAUCCCGAGUCUACAGCCACACUGCAAAAGGACAGCAAAGGCCUUAGCGCUAUCUUCUCUCGGAACUCGGAGGAUCUGUCCAGGAAGUAUCCCGAUGUGCUGGAGAAGCUGAACGGGUGGAUCAAGAGCGAUGUGGACAGCUUCGUUUUAGAUUGUGAGACAGUUGCCUGGGACAUUGUCAGCAAGAAAGUCCUUCCGUUCCAACAAUUGAUGACUCGCAAGCGGAAAGACGUUAAGGCAGAAGAUGUCAAGGUGAAGGUCUGCAUAUUUGCAUUUGAUUUGCUCUUUUUCAAUGGAGAGCCCUGUGUGAAGAAGUCUCUUCGUGAGCGACGGCAGCUUAUGCAUGAAUGUUUCCAGCCAAUUGAGGGCGAAUUCCAAUUCGCGCAAUGGGGCAACACGAACGACCUGGACGAGAUACAAAAUCUGCUGGAAGAUAGCGUCAAGGCAUCGUGCGAGGGACUCAUGGUGAAAAUGCUGGAUACGGAGGAGAGUGGGUAUGAGCCCAGCAAGCGGAGUCGAAACUGGCUGAAGGUCAAAAAAGACUACCUCGCUGGAGUUGGCGAUUCCCUUGACCUGGUUGUUUUGGGUGCCUACUACGGCCGCGGAAAACGCACCUCUGUCUACGGUGCUUUCCUUCUUGCUGCGUACAACUCCAACAGUGACACCUACGAGACGAUUUGCAAUAUCGGCACAGGAUUCUCUGAGGCUGCCCUCGAGGAGCUUCACAAGGAGCUUUUGCCUCUAGUCAUCGACCGACCAAAACCUUUCUACUCUCAUUCCAACGUCCCCAAAGAUCAGCCCGAUGUUUGGUUCGAGCCCCGACUUGUCUGGGAAGUCAAAACAGCCGACUUGACUCUCAGCCCCCGCUACAAAGCAGCUGCCGACGAGUUUGAAGGAACGACGGGUGGCGGCAAAGGCGUUUCUCUGCGGUUCCCACGAUAUAUCAAGUCGCGUGAGGACAAGAAGCCCGAGCAAGCGACCUCGACCCGGGCUGUCGCUGAGAUGUACCGGAAACAGGAAGCCGUGGCCAAGGAGAAUGCGGGCAAGGGAGGAGUGGAUGAUGAUUUUGAGUAUUGA